AGGUGCCACCCGACCCUCCGUGGCCUCCCAGAGAACCUGCUAGCGGAUGAAUGACGUCUUUAAAACCUGCAAUGCUGCAGCCUCUGCUACUCUGUCGGAUCCACACAGCAGCCAGCAGAGCGAGAUGCCUCGCCGUCGUGGUGGAGAUGGUGAAGUUCGGCCUACUGCCCAGUGAGGAGAUGGUGAAGAUGGUCCUGAGUCGUCCCUGUCACCCCGAGGACCAGUUCACCACCAGCAUCCUGAGAUACUGGUUGUCCAAUCACGACAACACGCUGGGAGAACACAUCAAGACCCAGCUGAUCAAGAACAAUCAGAACAAAGAGACAGAGAUGAGGACUGUCUCUGGGUACCUGUUGAACAGCGGUUGUGUCUCCGUCCUCAGUCUUCGCAGAUCCAGCAGUAAACUGGCUCAGCUCACCCUGGAACAGAUCCUGGACAACCUGAGCAACUCCAAGAACAGCUGUCAGUACACACAGGCUUAUUGAUUGCUUCAGGAGGGAUUGAUAACUGAUAGCUAGUGUCUGUCACUGCCAGUUUUCACUCAGACCCCAAUCCUUUGGCUUGCAGCACGUUUAGUCACUGACAGGUGACAUCACUGCGGCGGUUUUAAGCAAUUUGUUAUGAUAGCUAAUCUCUUGGUAGGUUUUUAUAGCAGGUACCUUAAUACAGUAAUAAGCCUACUUACCUUUACUAUUUGUCUAAUACAAAACAUUUAACUCUUGCACUGUAGGUUAGAAAA